AUGGGUCAAAUUCUCGAUCGAAAUUUUGCCGAGUCGGCAACCAUUAAAAAUAAUCAAAUUACAAAAAUUUCUGAUAUAUCUCAAUUACCACCUGAACUUGCCUUAGAAAUUCUUAAAAAUUUAAAUGCUACUGAUUUAUGUCUUGCUGCUUGUGUUUGGCAAACAUUAGCUAAUGAUGAAAUGCUUUGGCUUGGAUUAUGUAAAUCAAUUUGGAGUUAUACAUCAAUUUAUAAACGAGCACAUCGUGAAGGUAUUUCAUUUCGUAAAAUCUAUUUACAACUUGAUGAAGGAACAUUACGAUUUAAUGCUGGCGAAGGCUUGAAAUAUUUUAUUGAAAAUAAACUUCUUGAUGAUACAUGUGAAGAAAUUAGUAAAUUUAUACAUAAUACAAGAAAAUUACAUACAACAGAAAAACGUAAAUUAUUACAAGAACGUCGAGAUGUACUUGAAUAUUUAAUUGAACUUCAAUCUUAUGAAAAUCAAUUUUUACCAAAUGCAUUACGACAAUUUUUCGCUAAACUCGAUGCACCUGAAGAACGUAAUGAAUAUUUAUCUACAUUAAUUGAAAAUUUUUCUAAACGUUUUUAUGAAUGUAAUAAAGAUCUUGGAUUGUCAAUUGAAACAAUUUAUGUACUUUGUUUUUCAUUAAUACUACUUUCGAUUGACCUAACAUCACCACAUGUAAAAAAUAAAAUGUCUAAACGUGAAUUUAUUCGUAAUACACGUCGUGCUAUAAUUAAUGAAACAUUAAGUGAUGAAUUAGCUGGUCAUUUCUAUGAUAAUAUCUAUUUAAUUGGACAUGUGGCUCGUUCAACAACUACUGCACGUUAA